AUGCCCGGCGAACUCCUCAGGACCGUGACCGGUCUCUCACGGCCCACCAAGCGCAAGAUGGAGCCCUCGAGCGACCUUUUCCUCAUCACCGACCAGGACGUCGCGUACGAGCAGGACAUCCAGCGCAAUCCCGGCAGCGUCAAGCCCUGGCUGGACUACUACAGCUUCAAAAAGUCGCGUGGUAGCAUCUUGGAGCAGGCUUUUGUGCUCGAGCGCGCAGUCACCACCCUCCCGCGCUCCUACAAGCUGUGGAAGCUCUACCUCGAGCUCCGCACAAAGCACCUGACCAAGAAGAAUCCCGCAAAGUUCGCGCCGCACUAUGUCAAAGUCAAUGCUCUCUUCGAACGCGCCCUUGUGCUACUCAACAAAAUGCCGCGCAUCUGGGAAAUGUAUCUCAACUUCCUCAUGCAGCAGCCCCUCGUUACCACGACCCGCCGUACUUUCGACCGAGCAUUACGCGCCCUUCCUUUGACCCAGCACAACCGCAUAUGGGCACUAUACCGACCUUUUGCCACGUCUGCCUCGGGCGAGACGGCUGUCAAGAUAUGGCGCCGGUACAUGCAAAUCCACCCGGAGGAUGCCGAGGACUUCAUCGAACUGCUCAAGGAUAUGCGCAAGUAUACCGAGGCUGUGAAGAAGUACAUGGAAAUUCUCAAUAACCCGCGCUUCAAGAGCAAGGAAGCAAAAGGCCCCUUUCAGUUCUGGACCGAGAUGAUCGACCUCAUCAUCGACCAUGCCAAGGAAAUUGACACCAGCGACGACAGCGGCAUCGACGUGGAGAAGAUCAUCCAAAGCGGCAUCUCAAAGUUUCCUGACCAGCGUGGCAUACUGUGGGUUGGCCUGGCGCGAUACUGGAUGCACAAGGGCGAAUAUGAGAGAGCACGAGACGUCUUCGAAGAGGCCGUUACCACUGUCAUGACUGUGCGCGACUUCUCCGUUGUAUUCGACACAUAUGUGGAAGCCGAGGAGGCCAUGAUUGGUAUCAAGCUGAAUGAAGCUGCUGCCCGCUCCGAAAAGGGCAAUAUGGACGAGCCUGCCGACGCGGACCUUGACAUUAGAAUGGUGCGCUUCGAAUCACUCAUGCAAAGAAGACCAUUCUUGCUCAACGAUGUCAUGUUACGGCAGAAUCCCCAUAAUGUCAUCGAGUGGGAGAAGCGCGUUGCGUUAUGGGGCGACAACAAGAAAGAGGUGGUGCAGACCUACACCGAUGCCAUUGCCGCCAUCAAUCCAAAGAAGGCCAUCGGCAAGUUCCAUGAGCUCUGGACCAACUACGCCAAACUCUAUGAAGCUGGUGGCGAUCUUCAGAAUGCCCGUAUCAUCAUGGAAAAGGCCGUCAAGGUGCCUUUCAAGUCCGUCUCCGAGCUGGCCGAGAUGUGGUGCGAAUGGGCAGAAAUGGAGCUGCGCAACGAGAACUUCGACAAAGCGGUGGACAUCAUGGCCAAAGCUACGCAAGCGCCUAAACGAUCAAAUGUCGACUAUUUUGACGAAUCACUGUCGCCGCAGCAACGCGUUCACAAGAGCUGGAAGCUGUGGAGUUUCUACGUCGAUCUCGUGGAGAGUGUCAGCACUCUGGAUGAAACCAAGAAGGUCUAUGAAAGAAUUUUCGAGCUUCGCAUUGCCACGCCGCAAACCAUUGUCAACUAUGCGAAUCUACUAGAAGAACACAAGUACUUUGAAGACUGCUUUAAGGUCUACGAGCGUGGUCUUGACCUAUUCAGCUACCCUGUGGCUUUUGAGAUCUGGAAUUUAUACUUAACCAAAGCCGUUGACCGCAAGAUCGGAAUGGAACGCUUACGAGACUUGUUCGAACAGGCCGUCGAAGAUUGUCCCCCCAAAUUCGCCAAGGUGUUGUACCUCAUGUAUGGUGCGCUGGAGGAGGACCGUGGGCUUGCCAGGCAUGCCAUGCGCAUCUACGAACGUGCAACACGAGCCGUGGCGGACGAAGACAGAUUGGAAAUGUUCAACUUUUACAUCACAAAGUCGGCAUCGAAUUUCGGUCUUACAUCUACACGACCCAUUUACGAGCGUGCCAUUGCUGCCUUGCCCGACGCUGAAGCCAAAGAGAUGUGCCUCAAGUUUGCUGAGAUGGAAAGACGUCUGGGAGAGAUCGAUCGGGCACGAGCAAUCUAUGGCCAUGCCAGUCAAUUUUGCGACCCAAGAACGAGCCCCGAGUUCUGGAAGCGGUGGGAGUCUUUCGAAGUCCAACAUGGAAACGAAGACACCUACAAAGAGAUGCUACGCAUCAAACGGAGCGUCCAGGCUCAAUACAAUACCGACGUCAACUUCAUCGCCUCUCAAGCAGUGGCUCGUGGCCAACAGAACGGCGUACCAGCCGACGAAGACGAGACAACAGACGCUGCUGGCGAGGACGCAAUGGCAGCCCUCGAACGUCAAGCUCGCGCUCCUGCAGGAUUUGUCGCUGCCAGCACUGGUCCUCAAGGUGGCAACAUUAAGCCCACAGAAGAGGCAGCCGCCAACCCCGACGCGAUUAAUCUCGACGAUGAUCUAUGAUUCACGAACGACGGCUGGGGCGGUCGGACUCAGGUUGAAAGAAUUGCAUUUUAAACGGCGUUUUUUUGUUUUGUUUUUGGGCCUCCCAUCCAAGCUACUCCGGCAAAUAUUCCUAUUGUGUUCUCCUGUAAAUUGGGCCCGUUUGUGGCUUUGGCUGAAACUCUCGACUUCGAUCGAUACCUGGACAACUUGUCAUCUUCUUUGCAUAUAUGGCGUUCUUUACUGUGAGGGGGACGAAAUGAUGUAAGAGAGACAUCGUGGUCGACGGACCAGAGCCCCUUGGUGCUCGAGGCGGGCGGCGGUUUUCAUUUGUUUUUUCCCAUGGACCGUUUGGUGGACGAAGGAUUCAACUAUCACCCCUUUCCUCUCAACUUUUCAUGUCAGAUACAAACUAUCCCAGUCAAAAACAUGCACACACUUUACUGCUCC